GCGUCACCACCAGCGUGCUGCGUUCACGGGUUUGUAACUAUAGAAACUCGCUGGUCUCUCUGCUGCCCUGUCACAUGCUUCAUGGUCGCCUUUUUUAGCUGAAGAACGUACCGGUGAGAAGCAGUGAUGGACCGCUGGAAGGGCAGAGUGGCUCUGGUGACCGGAGCUUCGGUCGGGAUUGGAGCGGCUACAGCUAAGGAGCUGGUCCGGUUCGGCAUGAAAGUAGUGGGCUGCGCAAGGGACGUAGAGAAAAUAAAGAGCCUUGCUGCAGAGUGUCAGAGUGCCGGCUACAGCGGCGUGUUGAUCCCGUUCAAGUGCGACCUGACCAACGUGGACGAGAUCCAGUCCAUGUUCGCCGCCAUCAAGGCGCAGCACAACGGCGUGGACGUGUGCAUCAACAACGCCGGCCUGGCUCACGCUGAGCCUCUGCUGAGCGGCAAAACCAGCGCCUGGAAGAACAUGCUGGACGUUAACAUUGUAGCGCUGAGCGUCUGCACUCGUGAAUCGUACCAGUCAAUGAAGGAAAGGAAAAUUGACGACGGACACAUCAUCAACUUAAACAGCAUGUGUGGACACCGUGUUCUUCCCAACGCUGAUAUCCAUUUCUACACGGGAACCAAGUAUGCUGUGACCGCCCUGACCGAGGGCCUGAGGCAGGAGCUGCGAGACGCCAAGACCCACAUCAGAGCCACAUGCAUCUCUCCGGGUUUAGUGGAGACGGAGUUCGCUCGGCGCCUCUACAGCCAAAACGCAGAGAAAGCCGCGUCGGUUUACUCCAGUUAUAAAGCUCUGGAAGCAAUAGACGUCGCUAAUGCUGUCGUAUACGUCCUAAGCACUCCUCCUCAUGUGCAGAUCGGAGACAUUCAGAUGCGAUCGGUUGAGCAAGUGUCGUAGAGUUGCCGAACUCUUACGCUAUUGCUUCACAAGGGUUUGUCCACCAUGUCUGUGGGAUGAGUAAAACUCAUCAAUUAGCAGUAGAACUAAUAAAAGUCUGAUUUAAAAGGUAAAA